AUGGCCUUGCUCCUCAUCUGGGGUUGGUUGACCCUAAUGGGCAAGGCGCAGGCCCGGGACGCCUUUGACCCUCUCGCAUACGUCGACCCGUUGAUCGGAGCCAGCAACGGCGGCAAUGUGUUUCCCGGCGCUUCAAUGCCAUAUGGUAUGGCCAAGGCUGUUGCCGACACCAACAGCGGGAGCAGGCAGGGCGGCUUCACUAUGGAUGGAUCCCCCGUGACAGGCUUCAGCACGAUGCACGACAGCGGUACCGGAGGCAGCCCCAGUUUGGGAAACUUUGCCCUCUUCGCCUAUACAAACUGCCCCAAAGGGGACAUCAACCAGUGUAGCUUUCCCAAGAAAACGCGUGCUGCGCAUGGGCGCUUCAAGAACAGCAACGUAUCGGCGAAGCCGGGGACUUUCGGGAUCACGCUAGACAGCGGCAUUCGAGCCGAGAUGACCACAACCCAUCACGCCUCGCUUUUCAGCUUCUCCUUCCCCAGUCUCGGGCCGGACAAUGAACCAGCUCAGCCCCUUAUUCUCCAGGAUCUCACAGACCUAGCUGACUCCAGGCAGGACAAUGCUACGGUCACUGUGGACCCCGUGACGGGCCGCAUAACUGGGAGUGCCCGCUUCCUGCCCAGCUUUGGCACCGGGACUUUUGUUUUGCAUUUCUGCACCGACUUCUCUGGCGCCGAUAUCGUGGACAGCGGCAUCUUUGUCGACAGCAGGGCCAGCACCGAGGUCCACGACAUCACCAUCUCGAGAUCCAUCAACGGCUACCCACUUCCGGGGGGUGCUUUUGUGAGGUUUAAUUCGGGUGCCGAGCCCAUACUUGUCCGGACUGCUACCAGCUUCAUCAGUGCCCAGCGAGCUUGUGAGCAUGGCGAGCGUGAGAUUCCGGACUUUGACUUCACUGCCGUCUCGGAGGCUGCAACAGAGGCAUGGAGGGAGAAGAUGAGCCCCAUCAGGGUGUCGACAAACCAGGUCGACGGCUCAAUCCUGUGGGACCAGUUCCGAUCACAGCUCCCUCUACUGGCCAUUACGGAUCCCUUGGCUCUGACUGACAUGGUUCGCUCGCUCAUUGACACCUACCGUCACUUGGGGUGGCUCCCCGAUUGUCGUAUGAGUCUGAACAAGGGCUACACUCAAUGGGACGAUGGAUAUGCCGCCGUUGUAAAGGAUGCCGAAGUCGAACCUUAUGACUGGUGCUGCGAAGGCCGGGGAGGCCUCGACAGCUGGAAGUCCCUCGGCUACAUCCCGGUCCAGGACUUCGACUACAAAGGCUUUGGUACCAUGACGAGAAGCGUCUCGCGGACGCUCGAGUACGCCUACAAUGAUUUCUGCAUUGCCCAGAUGGCCUCCAGCCUCGGCAAGGAGAGUGACAAACAGAAGUACAUCGAGUCUAGCGGCAACUGGGAGAAUCUCUUCAAAGCGGAUCAUGUCUCAAACUGGUGGAACGGCAGCGAAACCGGCUUCACAGGUUUUUUCCAACCCCGUUACCUCAACCAAACCUGGGGCUACCAGGACCCCCUGAACUGCAGCAACCUCGACUCUUUCAGCGUCUGCUCGCUGCAGAACACCGGCCGCGAGACUUUUGAAAGCAGCAUCUGGGAAUACGGAUUCUUCGUCCCCCACGACCAAGCCUCCCUCAUCACUCUCUACGGCGGCCCCACCGCCUUCAUCUCCCGGCUCAACUACCUGCACGACCACUCCAUAACCUACAUCAGCAACGAGCCCUCCUUCCUAACCGUCUUCCAAUACCACUACGCGGGGCGCCCUGCCCUCUCCGCCCUGCGCUCGCACUUCUACAUCCCGGCCUUCUUCUCCCCGACCCCCGGCGGCCUCCCCGGCAACGACGACAGCGGGGCGAUGGGCUCGUUCGUGGCCUUCGCCAUGAUGGGCCUGUUCCCCAACCCGGGCCAGGACGUGUACCUGAUCACGCCGCCGUUUUUCGAGGCCGUCCAUAUCACGCACCCGCUGACGGGGCGCACGGCGACGGUGCGGAAUGUGAAUUUUGACCCCGGGUAUGCGGCCGUGUAUGUGCAGAGUGCCACGCUGGAUGGGGAGCCGCAUACGCGCAACUGGGUCGAUCAUAGUUUCUUUACGGAGGGGAAGGAGCUGGUGUUGACGCUGGGGCGGAACGAGAGUUCGUGGGGUACCAGGGUGGAGGAUUUGCCGCCGAGUUUGGGGGAGUAUCAGGGGUUUGGGACUGGGGUUGGGGGGAACGGUUCGACUCGGAGGACGGCGGCCGGGGCGGGUUUGUGGAAGAGGGGGGUCCCUGGGAGUCAGUUUGGAGGGUAG